CGAGACACGGUUACGCUGCCAGUUUAGCAAGUGCCCACAUCAUGACAGUGCCAGCAUGGCAAGCGACGACAGCACUGCUUUUGUUUUCUCUGGCUGCGGAAAGUUCGGCAUUAGUGGUUCACUCGCUCCUCUCCGCAUCACCCCUGGUGGUCAAGAGCGAAACAGCGGUGAAGGUGCUUAUGACGGCAGAAGCACUGCAGCCCCGCCAAAUCCGCUGUCUGUCCGCAAGAUGGCCACAUCGGCGUAGAAGAGCGGCGCCAAAAACCUUGCUUUUCAUGACGGACUCGGGGGCAAGCAACAGAGACAAGGACGUUGAUCAGCAAGUUAAGGUCUCCGCACCGGCCUUUGGUCAAGAAGAUACCCAGCAACGCGCCAAGGACAACAGUAACACCGCGGGUAUCCGCUUGGAAGAUGCCUUCGGCGCGGGAAAGGGCAAGCAUGCGGGCAAGAAGAGAAGGAGACACGCUAACAAGUACUCCUCUAAAAGCAAGGCGGGCGAGAUUGACCCCUGGGAACGGCAGUUGCGAAAUUCUGAAGCGAAAAUGCGCGAGGCGGAGGCAAUAGAGAGGGCAGAAGUGGAGGAGCUUGAGAAGAGACGGAUUCAACGACGAAUAGAGCGGGGUCUGGUGGAGUACCCCGAUGAGGAGGACAUCGACCCGUACGACCCAUCCACCUUUGGAUAUAUUGAGGUUGGACACAUCCAAGGUGCGCAUGGCAUCAAGGGAGAGGUCAAGGUACGCUCGUCAACAGAUUUCGCGAUUAACAGGCUUUGCACUCCGGGCAUCAAGCACAUCAAGGCACCCAACAGACGUUUCCCUCGGGAUAUUGAGCUGAUUGGGGGGCGAUGGCAGAAAGAGGAGAUAUUCUUGUUGCAGCUUGAGGGUGUAAAGACGAGAGACGCUGCUGCGGCGUUGCGGGGGCACAAGGUGUACGUGCUAGAGGAUGAAGAGGUAGACUUGGAGGAGAACGAGUAUAUGGUCAGAGAUCUCGUCGGGGGACGGGCAUACAGGCAAGACGACGAGUCCGUCUACAUCGGAGAAGUCGUCGGGGUUGUCUUGGGGAACGACAUCUCCCCUACAGCUGGGCUUGCUAGCGACUUGUUGGAGUUGCGGCUCCCCCUUGAAAACCCCGGCGACAUACCGAAGGAAUGUUAUAUUCCCUUCGUGCCGGCCCUAGUGCCGGUAGUUAGGGUUGAAGAAGGCAAUUGCACGAUCCUAAUGGACCUGCCUGAGGGCCUUUUAGACCUUGCUGUUGAGGUGGAAGAAAAGGUUGCCAUACGGGGAUUCCUCCCACCAGGAUCAGAAGAAUAGAAAUUACACG